AUGGAUUUAGAUCAGUGGAAGCGGUUUAAAAAGAGUGGUUCUUAUAAACGAAAGGUUAAGAAAACCUACCAGGAAAUGUUAACCGGAGUGAGCACUGACUUUUUAAAUUUAUCGGGUAAAGACUGCAUCGCAAAUUCAGGUGAGGGUUCCGGACAAAAUAACUUUAGUAGUACUUCGGAUGGAAGGGGUUCGGACUAUGAAAGCAAUAAUGAAAAAUCAUCAAGCGAUUAUGAAAGCGAUGAAAAGGAGGAAAAUCUUUCUGAUUACAACAAAAAUUUCGAAUUGCGUUAUUCUAUGAAAAACUGGGCUUUAAAUUACAAUAUUUCUCAUGCUGCUUUGAACUCUUUACUUCAAAUUGUAAAUAUCAGAUUAAACGACGUUUUACCUCGAGAUGCGCGAACACUUCUAGGCACAAACAGAGAAAACCUACAAAUUACCAUUUCAGCCCCAGGACACUACUGGCACAAUGGCCUGAUCAAAUGUUUGAAAAGAAUUUUCGAAAAUGUUUCGUGUCUACCGAAUGAAAUUUCUCUAAACAUAAAUAUUGAUGGACUACCAGUUUUCAAUAGUUCGCGAUACCAAUUUUGGCCCAUAUUGUGUACCGUCUUCGAGAUACCAAAUUUGGCUCCGUUUGUUGUUGGUAUCUAUGCCGGAGAUGGAAAACCAUCGGACCUAGACUCAUUUUUGAAGCCUUUCGUGACAGAAAUGAAGCAACUUGAAGAAGGAUUAAUACUUGACGCUGCUCAUGACUCAAACGAAGAAAAAAUUAUCCACGUAAAACUGAGAGCUUUUAUCUGUGAUUCACCAGCUAGAGCAAUGAUAAAAGGUAGGAUAAUUUUUUUUAGUUUACAGACAAUAUUAUUAUAUUGCUUCACCUCCCAUCAAACUCUAUGUACUAAAAGGAUUUUAGAAUUAUCAGGCCAAGCUAUCAGUAAAGGUACUUACACAUUAAUUCAGAAAAAUCUUUAA